AUGGAUGCUUUCAAACGAUUGAAGCAUUCUGGUAUCCGGUCAUUCAUAAAAUCCUUGGCGCUAAAUGCGCAUUUGACAUUUGUCCAGCCAUUGCCUCCGUUCUUGUUCUUGCCGGGAGCCAAACCAACUGCCUCAACCAUGGCCAUGCCGACCCACACCCAUCUCCCCAAGCGCCGCCGCCUCUCCCCUUCCCCGGCCACGGCCACGGUCACGGUCGCAGCCGCGCCGCUCGACUCCCUGGCCGACGAGCUCCUCUUCUUGAUCCUGGACCGGGUCGCAGCCGCCGACCCGCGCGCGCUCAAGUCCUUCGCCCUCGCCUCGCGCGCCUGCCGCGACGCCGAGUCGCGCCACCGCCGCGUGCUCCGCCCCUACCGCGCGGACCUCCUCCGCGCGGCCCUCGCGCGCUACCCCUCCACCACCCACCUCGACCUCACCCUCUGCCCGCGCGUCCCCGACUCCGCCCUCUCCUCCGCGGCCCUCUCCUCCGCGCCCCUCCGCGCCGUCGACCUCUCCCGCUCGCGCGGCUUCGGCGCGCGGGGCCUCGCCGUCCUCUGCACCGCCUGCCCGGCCCUCGCCGACCUCGACCUCUCCAACGGGGUCGACCUCGGGGACGCGGCGGCCGCCGAGGUGGCGCGCGCGCGCGGCCUGCGCAGGCUCUGCCUCUCGCGCUGCAAGCCCGUCACGGACAUGGGGCUCGGCUGCGUCGCCGUCGGAUGCCCGGACCUCCGGGAGGUCGCGCUCAACUGGUGCCUCGGGAUCACCGAUUUGGGGGUCAGGUUUCUCGCCCUCAAGUGCAAGAAACUCGUCUCCCUCAAUCUCUCCUACACCAUGAUCUCCAAAGAUUGCCUUCCAGCCAUCAUGAAGCUACCAAACCUUGAGGUGUUGUCACUGGUGGGGUGUGUUGGAAUUGAUGAUGAUGCCCUUGCUAGUCUUCAGAACGAAUGCAGCAAAUCACUACAGGUGCUUGAUAUGUCAAACUGUCAGAAUGUCACCCAUGAGGGAGUUUCGUCAGUAGUGAAGGCAAUGCCAAAUCUUUUGGAGUUGAAUCUGUCAUACUGCUGUCAUGUUACUCCUUCUAUGGGAAAAUGCUUCCAAAUGAUUCCUAAGUUGCAGACCCUGAAAUUGGAAGGCUGCAAAUUCAUGACCGAUGGACUCAAAUACAUUGGAAUUUCUUGUGCUUCUUUAAGAGAGUUGAGCCUGAGCAAGUGCUCCGGAUUGACAGACACUGAUCUUUCUUUCGUCGUAUCAAGACUAAAGAGUUUGUUGAAGCUGGACAUUACUUGCAAUCGCAAUAUCACUGAUGCUUCACUAGCUGCCAUCACUAGCUCAUGCCCUUCCCUCAUCUCUCUCAAAAUGGAGUCUUGUAGCCAUGUUUCAAGUGAAGGGCUGCGAAUGAUUGGGAAGCGCUGUUCCCAGUUGGAAGAGUUAGACAUCACUGACAGUGAUUUGGAUGAUGAAGGUUUGAAAGCUCUCUCUGGAUGCAGCAAGCUUUCAAGCUUAAAAAUUGGUAUAUGCAUGAAGAUAAGUGAUGAAGGCCUUAUGCACAUCGGCAAGUCUUGCCCAGAACUCCGAGAUAUUGAUCUGUACAGGUCUGGGGCCAUUAGUGAUGAGGGGGUUACUCAAAUCGCUCAAGGUUGUCCAAUGCUAGAGUCUAUCAACCUGUCCUACUGUACAGAAAUAACAGACCUUUCGUUGGCUGCGCUCUCAAAAUGUGCAAAACUGAACACACUAGAGAUCCGUGGCUGCCCCAGUGUUUCAUCUGCCGGGCUCUCAGAAAUAGCAACUGGAUGCAGGCUACUUGCCAAGCUCGAUAUCAAGAAGUGCUUUGCGAUCAAUGACGUGGGGAUGCUUUUCCUUUCCCAGUUCUCUCAUAGCCUCCGUCAGAUAAACCUGUCGUAUUGCUCAGUCACCGACAUUGGACUUCUGUCCCUCUCUAGCAUAUGCGGGCUGCAGGGCAUGACCAUUGUGCACUUGGCUGGUAUUACGCCCAAUGGCUUGACGGCUGCUCUGAUGGUCUGUGGUGGUUUGAAGAAGGUGAAGCUCCACGCAGCAUUCAGAUCUAUGAUGCCUCCACACAUGGUCAAUGUCGUUGAGGCUCGCGGCUGUAUUUUCCAGUGGAUUGAUAAACCAUUCCAGGUUGAGCAAGAACGUUGCGACAUAUGGAAACAACAGUCUCAGGACGUGCUAGUGCCCCUUCCAUCCUACAGAAUCAUCUGAAACUUCGGCCACCUCAAUUGGCGCUGCGACGGAGUAGUGUACCGAUGCUUUGUCAGAACAACAAUGUUGUAUGUUGCAUUCAGUUUGUUCUUUUGUUGUGUUGU